CUGACUGCGCCAGUUCAGAGUUUAUCUUUUGCCUUCCAAUGAGUGAAAAAGAUAAACUCUGAACUAGUGCAGCCAGUUCAACAAUAGAAAACAGACCCUUGAUAUGUGACACAUCUUUAUUAUUAAGUCGAUUGCUAUUGUUAUGCGGCUAGAAUAAUAAUUGGCAUGGCCCUGCGAGUGGCACAAGCUGAAUUGUAAUCAAUUGUAAUAUAUUUCACCGUAUUUUACGACCGACCGAAAUUGUGUCGCGCGAAUGCGACGAAAAUGGUAGAUAUGGUGGAGGAUAUGGACAGCUUGGACGACAAGCUGUUCAGUAAUGCAUUUAGGAGAAAUCCAACCGCUGAAAACGGCAAAAAGAGAAUUACGUUUGCAGAUGAGGACGAUCCACUAGCUAGUUUGCUAGCUGAUAAGGAAGAUUUGCCCUCGAGCCAAAAGAAUCCAGUAGCGGUAAAAGAUAAGCGAAGUAUAAUAGAUGACUUGUUUAAUAAAAGAAUUUCCAACGAGUCGUUGUCGAGCUCAAAGCCGGACGGAAAGGAAAUGGGCUCGACGUCUGCGUCAAACACCACGGGAAUUGAGAGGCCAAAAGCAUCGGAUGACAAAGCAAAAAAGUUAUCGUUGAUGCAAGAUUUGUUUGGAGAUACGUCGCAGUUGAAAGAGUCAAUUAGUAAGAAGUCUGUACAGCUGGAACUGGAAGUGACACAGCCCACAGCCGAGGUUUCUAAGACACAAUCGCAGCAUUCGACGUAUGCGCCAACGGCUUUUGGAACGAGAGAACCCCGCAGAGGCAAAAGAACCUCAGAGAUAAUCAACGAUCCUCUAGGAUUGUUCUCCUUGGGCGCAACGUCAAAUCAAGCUGAGCAAAAUACGACAGAGAGACGUACAGCAUCUGCAGAUCUUAGCAGACAGAAAUUGGAAACUAAAGACUAUUUACCAGAUUGGUUGGAACCUAAAAAAAACCUGGAAGAUAAAAGCGAUGAUAUUCAGGAUAGAGUAACGCCUACCGAAGAAUUGUUCAUCAGCAAGCACAGAAGAUCCAGCUCUGAUAAAAUUAUUCGAGGGGUGGCAAACGUACCACAAGAGGAUAAUACAAUGGUAGCUGAAUCACUGCCACACGAAAAAGAAAGAUCAUCAAAAUCAUCAGGAAGUCAAAAAGAGAUCAAUGAAUACGAGAAACAGGAAGUUGAAGAAAAUUAUUCUAAAUCCAACACAAUGGCUGUUCCAAUUACUAAUGUAAAUACAAAUUCGGAAAAUGUGCAUAGUAGCUUAAUUUCCAAGAACAUGGGCUAUGAAAGUGCAAUUCGUAAAUUAGAAUUAGAGAAGUCUCAUCUGUCAGUGACGUUACAUAGCUUAAAUGAAAAGUAUGAAAAUGAGAUAACGAUUCUAGAUGAAUCAUAUAAGCGACAAAUAGGAUUCUUACAAGAAAGAACGGAUACAUUGGAAAAGAGAAUGCAGCAAGAACUUGAGUGUUUAGAGGCAGAUUAUGAGGCAAAGAUUGAAAAGCUGAAAAAUGAAAAAGUACAAAUCGAGACAUUUUACAAGGAAGAAUUGCAGAAUUUAAAGAAGGAACACGGGCAAGUUAUAGAAGAAAUUUAUGAACGCCACUCUCAAAAUAUAAGACUGUUGCAGAAAGAGCAUUUCGAUACGAUAGAAAGUAUAUUAAAAAUGAGAGAGGUGGAGAAUUUAGCUAUGACAACCAUAGCGACCCACAAGACUGACCUGCCAAACUUGUUACAAAAAGCUGAUUUUAUUGUAGAGAAUAUUAAAAAUGUGCAAGAAAAGACUGAUCAAAGGGACGACCAAAGUAUAAAGUUAAGAGAAUAUUAUUUAAAAAAUCAAGAGGAAGAUGUGCAAAUACAAAAUAUGGAAGUGAAGAAGCAACAGAAAUUACUGGAACAAGAACAUGAGAAAAUAAUGAAAGUAGCAGACAGAUUGGAUUCGCACGUUACGCAAUUAAUGUUCGAGUUAGAGAAAAAGAGCGCUAUGCUCAAUCAGGCAUUGGAAACACUACAAAAAAGGGAGCAAUCUUUGUCACACGAAAAAGAAUUGUUUGAAGAAAAAGUACAAUGGGAGCGUAAUCAUUUACAGGCUAUGAAAGAAUCUUGGUUUAACGAACAAGAGAAACAACUGAAGGCUUUAACAAAGGAGAAAGAAGUGAUCGCGGCUAAAAAGAAGCAAUAUGAAGUUUUAAGGACAAUAAAAAGUAAUUCGGAUAAUAUUACGAAGAUAGAGUCGGCAGCUGCAAUAAAAGCAGCACAAGAUGCCACUAUACUCGCGAAUCAGGAACGACUGAAAUGGCAAGAAAAAAUUAAAUAUCUCGAAGUGCAACAGCAGGCCUUAGAGGAAAGGGAAUACCGGCUCUUAGCACGCGCCCAAGAUCUCGAGAGUUUUACACAGAUAGCAUUUGCGAAAAAUGAAGAAGCCAUUAAAGCACUGAGAGACGUUCAUCACAUCGAUAAAGCUAAAUUCAAUCCUUAUGGCAAAUUUGAAAAUAUCAAUUUGGCAAGUGAAAAAUUGGCUUUGGAUAAAUUGAAAAGAAGUACAAAUACCCCGUACAACUACAUAGACAAGCGAACAUUAUCUAAUCAGCAACGCGAGUUUCAAGUUACUACUCAUUUUACAGAAGUCGUUGAUCCUCAAUUAGUAAUGUUGAAGUUGAACCUGGACGAUCAAUUAGAUAAUAUUCAAUAUACAUGACUGCCAUGAAGUUUUGCUACACAACAAGCAAAUGCAUAUUAUAUACUUUUUGCAUGAACACUGUUUAGUAUUUUAUAUAUUUCAAAUAACAGACAAUAAACAUUCACAUAUUUAUUACGUAA